GAAUCCGAAAACCUGUGUAGGGCCCUGCCCUAGCCGUGUCUUCCCAUGUGCCACGUGGUCUGUGAAAGUGCAUCUCCCUCUUUGGCCCCAGAUUCCCUAUGGAAAAGAGAAGAGAGGACGGCACUGUGGGUUGAAAUACAGGUAGCCGCCAGGCUGCUGUGUAAAUGUGUGAAGUGUGGGCGCAUGGGGCUUCAGUGGACCAGAGGCUGCCCCGCCCCAUCUCACGAGGGCAGCUGCUGCUCAGCUCUGCCAACCAUGGCCCUGUGGGAAGGUGGGCCUAGAGUUGCUUGAUCUUCUGGUUUUUCAGUAGAAGCCAGGAAAGGGGUUGUUAUAUUAAAUCUCCCAAUUUAAAAAUGUUGGCUCCUAACUAAAACAGACUGUAGCAGCACUCUGCAGUGGAGCUUUCCGCGAUGUGUACCCCGUGUCAUGUAUCUCCACUGUCCGGUAGAGCAGCCAGUGGCCUCAUGGGGCCAUUGAGUACUUGAGAUGUGGCAAGGGUAACUGAGGGAUGAGAUUUUUAAUUUUGUUUCAUUUUAAUUAAAUAGCCGCGUGUGACUACUGGCUCCUGCAAUGGACAGCACAUUUGGGUAUUAUCUAGGAGUGUUGAGUUCCAGACUGGUUGUUAUUGGCCGCGCAGCAGCGCAGCAUAUGGGAUCUUAGUUCCCUGACCAGGGAUCAAAGCCUGCUGCAGUGGAAACACGGAGUCUUAACCACUGGACCGCCAGAGAAGUCCCUCCAGACUUUUAUAAACCCAAAUCCAAGUUCGGAUCCAAGCUCUAUGCCACGUCCUGACUUGUGUGAUCACAAGCAAAUGAGCAAGUUACUUCCCCUCUCGGUGCCUCAGUUUCCACGUCUGUGAAAUAAUAGUCCCUACCUCAUAGGCUAGGCUUGAAGGCUCAGUGAGGUCCCCCAGGUAGGCACUCAGAUGGUAGCUGUAUGCACCUUGGGAGCACCUUUCUGCCUCCCUUGCCUCAUCUCUAAAAUGGGGGCGAUGAUAAUACCCAUUGUAAUAGAGUGGCUGCGAGGAGUAAAUGGGACAGCUCAUGCGCAGGCUGCAUGUAUAUUCAGUGGGGCUUAUUGUUACCAGGCCAUGCUGGUUCUUCCCAGACUGAAAUGUCCUGUACCAUUUUGGCAGUUGCCUGCCCCCCGGCUGUCUCAGCCUCUCCUGCUCUAGCCAGCAUUUAGUGCUUGUACCAGUUAGAUACUUUUAAAAACCCUUCCCUGGUAUUUGUGAAAAGAAUUAAAAUGUAUUUGAAACUGUGUGGGCCAGAUUGAACUUGAACUCUAGAUUUUUAAGCAAGGCUCACAGAUGUCUACAAAUAAGUAACAUUUGCAGCUCUCCACCCCCACCCUGAGGUGUACCAUUUGUAAUCCAGGAGAGAGUUUCCUCGAUAUCCUCAGGAUUCCCUAGCUUGAGAGCAUCUGCAGGAUUGAGGGAGGGCCUGUGUUUCCUUUGCAGGUGGCUUUGAGUGUUGGAAACUCCUAACUGAAAGCAAGGUAUUUGGGGAACAUGAUCCUGGGGAGAGGGUUUGUGGACAGAGGGAGCCACUGCAAGUGAGUGCUCGCCGACCACAGGGGGUGACCCAUGGGACCUUCUGAGAAGCUUUUGAAAUGUGACUCAGAUCUGUCCAUCCACGGGGCAUGAAAGGAGGAAGUACGUUUGUCCAUUGGCCCGUGGCCCUGGGGGUUAAGGUUAGCACUCUGGGUGGCACAUGCUUCAGUGUCCAGUGGGUUCCUCCAAGGCCUCUCCCCGACAUUGAUGCUGGUUCAGGGAUGGUGCUGUCUGUCAGGUCACACCUGCUUAAAGCUGGAUGGGAGGAGAAGGUUUGACUUGUGCCAGGUGGCCUCUGAGACGCUGCUACGUGACAUGGCGUAGGAUGUUUAUAUCAAAUGCUCGGUGCUAGGGCUGCAUUAGGGCGUCAUCCAGUGGGCAGGAUUGGGCCAGUGUUGAGGCAUAUCCCAGAAGGGGCUGAAUUCCCAGGUUGCACACCACUUGCAAGCCCUGUGACCCUGGGCAAGGUCUCAAGCAUCUCAGUUUACUCAUUCAUAAGAGGUUAAUAAUAGUACUUCUCAUUUGCUUACUCAACAAAUAUAUCCUAAGUACUGACUGCCAGCCCUCAUUUUAGGCACAAGGGUGUACUGGUGAACAAACUAGAGGAAAAGCUCUAGAAAAAAAGGAGCUGAUGUUCUCAUGGAGGAGACAGAAAGUGGUCAGAUAUUUCUUGGGGUAAAAUAAAUGCAUACAGGAAAGCAUGGUAAGGAGAUAGAGUGGUUUGGGAACAGGAGUGCUGUUUUAGAUUGAAUGGGACAGUCAGAGAAGGCCUCUUGGGAGGGUGUAUUUGAGCAGAGACCAGAAUGAAAUGAGACAAACCAUGGGGAUAUCUGGGUGUGCCAGGCAUGGUCACCCCAGGGCCUUUGCACUUUCUAUGCCCUCUGCCAGGAAUGUUUUUUCCCCAGGAUCCAUAUAGCUCACUCCCUCCCCUCCUUCAGGUCUUUGCAGAUGUCACCUCAGCAUAGCCUUCUGUGGGCUCUAAGGUGGGCACAUAAGGAAAAGUCCUAGAUAGCCAAAAAGAUGCUUGGAAAUCCCUUAAAGUACAUGUACAGACUUGAGAGAAUUCACAUGAAACACUAUCGUGCCUGGCAGAAACCCUCAAUAAACGCUGGCUAUUUUUACAAUCUUUAAAAAUUUUGAGCUAUCUCAGACGUGGAAAUUGUUACCUCCCCAGUUAUUAUCCACGGCAGGAAUUUGCCUUCUCCCACAGCUUCUAAUAACUGUCCAGAUCUCAUUUGAAUAGUUCCUGUAAUGGGAGGCUCACUCCUUUACCUACCCCAGUACAGGCCCUAAUUUGCCUCCCAUUAACUGGGGUCCACAAGGUCUGGCUCUGUGCUUUGGGGCCACAGAACCUGUUUGAGUAGGGGGAUGUGGAGGGAGGGCCUUAAAUGUCAACCUUAGAAUUUCAGAAGCUGGGAGGCACUGGGGAGCCAUGGAAGAGUCUAUGUAGGAGAGGGACAUGGUCAGAUUUGUGCUUAGAAAGACCUCAUAGGCCAGAGUGGUUGGGGCUGGGAUAGAGGAGUCCCCAGGGGCUGUGGGAACUCAGAAGAGGUGCCUGACCCCCUUGGGGGGUGUUAGGGAAGGCCUCCUAUAGGAGGUGAAGUCUGGUAACAAUUUAAAAAGAAGGAAGUGGAAAGAAUAUAUCAAGUAGAAGAAAAACCUGUGCAAAGGAACCUGGGAUGUUCUGCACAAUUGACCAUGGCCCUCCCCUGUUCAAAACCCUUCCAUGACUCCCGUCCUCAGGAUUAUGACAAAACUGUUUAGAUUGAGUUCUUUCAUUCAUUAAAAAUGACUGAGCACUUACUGUAUGCCUGGCUCUACUGGGCUGUGCUUUAUUGAGCACCUUCUCCAAAAGAAAAAUAUGUACGUAUAUAAUUGAACCUGUAUCUCCCCCUAUAAUUAUUAGCUUCUAAGUGUUAAAUUUUUUUCUUCUGGAAAAAAAAAAGUUUACUCCAUCUAAAGGGCUUUGCUCAGCACCUGGCAGAGUAAAUGAUUGGGACCGGAGGGCUGGAACAUCUGCUCUAACUGGCUUUCCUUGCGGUGGUCCUGGAAUACUAAGGAGCUUCUGGAGGGCGCCGGGUGCCCCCCGCCCCCCAUUCAUCCUGGAGUGAGGGAGCGGGCCCCUGAUCUGUGAGGACCGAAUUUCCUGCCCAUUUGCUGCUCACACCUUCCGGAGGCCAAACGGGCAGCCCAGCUGCGGCCCAAAGGGGGAGGGGCGCGGCCGCCCAGCAGAUGGCAGCAUUUACAUACAGCUGGGAGCCCCCUCUGAGGCGGGGGCUGCUCGCCCUAGCGUCUGGUGCAUCCGUGAUGCGGGUUUGGGGAGGGUGGCUUUGUUUUGGGGAGGGGAAACACACUCGAGCAUGCGCGCGUGCUCACACACACACACACACACACACACACACACGGGUCCACAAAGAACACUGGAUCUUCAUCGUAUCCACACAGGGCUACACUCAUGGACCUCCCACACCCAGCCUCCUUGACACACAAACCCUCAGCCAUUCACAACCUUGCACAGACCUUACUACACACACAAACACACACAGCCACCUAGAGGCACCUGCACAGACCACAAAGUCACAGGUUCCUAUGACUACACACAGUGGCCCAGGAGCUAACACAUUUUUGUACACCUGAACAGAGAAGCAUCUACACAGCCACGGAAUCUCAAAAGUCACACAACCAUGAAAUCAUGUACAUCUCCAUUCUCCCAUGCAGGUGUGUGUGUGCGUGUAUACAUACACACACACACGCACGCACACACACACACAGAAUCUUAGAAUUAUUUACAACCUCACAAAGAGGCUUAACCAUAUACAAUUUCAAGCACACGUGGAGCCACACAAUCUGACCUAGACACACAAUCACAGUCAUGUACACCCUCCAGUAGCUCUGGCUCACACACCACACACAGAGUUUUAAAAUCAUAUGCAACCUCACACACAAGCUUAACCCCCCCCCCCACCCCACCCUAUCCUCAGCCACACAAAUCAUGCCCACAACCGCAUAUAAGAUGUACACUCACUGCAUUGCCUGUGGCCACGACACGGUCUCACGGCUGCUCCAGCACGCUCUCCUUCCCCUGCGACCUCCUCCCCUAGGGUCCCCUGGAGCCGGCGGCUGCCCGAAGGGGCGGAGCUGUCCUCUCAGAUAUAAGGCUCCGGAGCCAGCAGCUGCAGCUCCCAAGACCUCCGGAAGGCCAUGGUCUCCCCGCAGAUGCCCCAGCUCCUCUCCCCGACGGUGAUCCUGGCGCUCUUUUUCCUUCCCCAGACACGGCCGGCCGGCGUCUUCGAGCUGCAGAUCCACUCUUUUGGGCCGGGACCAGGCCCGGGCGCCCCGCGGUCCCCCUGCAAGGCCGGGGACACCUGCCGCCUCUUCUUCAGGGUUUGCCUGAAGCCAGGGAUCUCCGAGGAGGCCGCCGAGUCUCCGUGCACCCUGGGCGCGGCGCUGAGUGCGCGCGGACCGGUCUACACUGCGCAGCCCGGAGCGCCAGCGCCUGACUUGCCGCUGCCAGACGGCCUCAUGCGCGUGCCCUUCCGGGACGCCUGGCCGGGCACCUUCUCUCUCAUCAUUGAAACCUGGAGAGAGGAGUUAGGAGAACAGAUUGGAGGGCCCGCUUGGAGCCUGCUGGCGCGCGUGGCGGGCCGGCGUCGCCUGUCGGCCGGGAGCCCGUGGGCCUGGGACGUGCAGCGCGCAGGCGCCUGGGAGCUGCGCUUCUCCUACCGCGCGCGCUGCGAGCCGCCGGCCGUUGGGGCCGCGUGCGCGCGCCUCUGCCGCUCGCGCGGCGCCCCCUCGCGGUGUGGCCCGGAACUGCGCCCCUGCCCGCAGAUUGAGGACAAAUGCGAGGCACCGCCGGCAUGUCGAGCAGGCUGCAGCCCAGAGCACGGCUUCUGUGAGCAGCCCGAUGAAUGUCGAUGCCUGGAGGGCUGGACUGGGCCCCUCUGCACAAUCCCUGUCUCCACCAGCAGCUGCCUCAGCCCCAGGGGCCCAUCCUCUGCUACCACUGGAUGCCUCGUACCCGGGCCUGGGCCCUGUGAUGGGAAUCCGUGUGCCAACGGAGGCAGCUGUAGUGAGACCCCGGGGUCCUUCGAAUGCACCUGUCCCCGUGGGUUCUACGGGUUGCGGUGUGAGGUGAGCGGGGUGACAUGUGCGGAUGGACCUUGCUUCAACGGCGGCUUGUGUGUGGGAGGUGCAGACCCCGACUCUGCCUACAUCUGCCGUUGCCUGCCCGGUUUCCAAGGCUCCAAUUGUGAGAAGAGGGUAGACCGGUGCAGCCUGCAGCCAUGCCGGAAUGGCGGGCUCUGCCUGGAUCUGGGCCACGCCCUGCGCUGCCGCUGCCGCGCGGGCUUCGCGGGGCCACGCUGCGAACACGACCUGGAUGACUGCGCCAGCCGCGCCUGCGCCAACGGCGGCACCUGCCUGGAGGGCGGCGGCGCGCGCCGCUGCUCCUGCGCGCUGGGCUUCGGUGGCCGCGACUGCCGCGAGCGCGCCGACCCAUGCGCCGCGCGCCCCUGCGCCCACGGCGGGCGCUGCUACGCGCAUUUCUCCGGUCUCGUCUGCGCCUGCGCGCCCGGCUACAUGGGCGCGCGGUGCGAGUUCCCGGUUCACCCCGACGGCGCAGGCGCGUUGCCCGUGGCUCCGCCGGGUCUGAGGUCGGGGGACCCGCAGCGUUUCCUUUUGCCACCGGCUUUGGGACUGCUGGUGGCCGCGGGCUUGGCCGGCUCUGCGCUCUUGCUGGUCCACGUGCGACGCCGUGGCCCUGGCCGGGAUACUGGAUCUCGCUUGCUGGCGGGGACACCGGAGCCAUCGGUCCACGCGCUCCCUGAUGCACUCAACAACAUGAGGACGCGGGAAGGUGCCGGGGAUGGCCCGAGCCCGUCCUCAGAUUGGAAUCACCCUGAAGAUGGAGACGCUCGUUCGGUUUACGUCAUAUCUGCUCCUUGUAUCUAUGCUCGGGAGGCCUGAGCUGCCCCUUCUCCAUCAGCACCUGGGGACAGAACAUGGAUAUUUUUGUAUUCUCUGCUUCAGACACUUUGGAGUUCAAGCUGGAAGAGGUGAAGGGGAGGGUUUUACCAUUGGACGUUGUACAUAAUGGUUAUUUAUAUCCUAUCUUUUUCUUUCCCCAUCUCUCCAGAGACAUCUAUAAAGGCUCUUAGUUUGAUCA